UCUCUCAGAGGCAGUUUGUGCUGAGCGGGAGGCAGGACGUCUCUACUUCUCUCCUCUGCUGUGGGUUACUUUUGAAUUUCGCAGCUCUUUCCCGCAUAAAUCUGUGAAUAUUUCGAGACUUGACCGGAGCCGAGUUCUGCUUCAGAUAAGGGGACCUAAUGCGCGAACACAGGAGAUUACAUUCAAUUUUACAGCCCACCUUCUGAUUCUCCACCCGGUGUUAUCUGAUAGCCUGCAGCUGUGAGAGGAUGGGCAGCUGUGAGUGUAGCUGGGUCAUAGCCCAGUCCUGAGAUGUUUGGCCCUCCAUCCUGGUGCCUGUCUCAGUGAUGACGAGCACCCUUGCUGUCUUCCUCCUCACUCUAUCUGUCCUGUACAGAGCUGAGUGUGUGUGUGGGAAGACAGUGAAGGAUACAGUGCAAGAAUGGAACAGCUAUCGCAACGAGUGCCUUCUGAAGAUCAGCUCAGAGCCCACCCCUUCAGGUCUGUUCUGCAGACGCAUGUUUGACAUGUACGCUUGCUGGACAGAUGGGAUGCCCAACACCACAGUCAAAGUACCCUGUCCCUGGUAUUUGCCUUGGCAUGAUCAAGUGCGCACUGGAUUUGUAUUGCGGGAAUGUGGUCCAGAUGGCCAGUGGCACAGCAACAAUACCAGCCGCACCUGGAGAGACCACUCGCAGUGCAACGCUGAUGGCAGCAAACAAAGAGAACAAGAAUAUCAGAUGCUGAUUCUAGCCUACUUUAGGGUGAUGUACACAGUGGGCUACUCUUUAUCCUUGGCCAGCCUCUCCCUGGCCCUCAUCAUACUUCUUCUUUUUAGGAAACUCCGCUGCACCCGCAACUACAUCCACACCAACCUUUUUGCGUCCUUCAUCCUUCGUGCUGUGUCCAUCCUCACACGUGAUGCGCUCCUCACCAGAGAAACUCCUGAGUUUAGGGACAACAGUGACUUAUCCAAUGUCCUGAGUGACCAGGCUCUGUCUGGCUGCCGCAUAGCUCAAGUGCUCAUGCAGUACUGUGUCGGGGCCAACUACUUCUGGCUGCUAGUGGAGGGCCUGUACCUCCACAACCUCCUGGUGCUCAUGGUGUUCUCUGAGAACAGUUAUUUCUGUGGUUACCUGGCCAUCGGCUGGGGCACUCCUGUACUCUUUGUGGUGCCCUGGAUAGUUAUGCGCUACCUAUAUGAGAACACAAGGUGUUGGGAGAUCAAUGAAAACAUGGCCUAUUGGUGGAUCAUCCGAACUCCAAUCCUCCUGGCUAUUUUAGUAAACUUUUUCAUAUUCAUAAGGAUUAUCAAGAUUCUCAUCUCCAAAUUAAAAGCACACCAGAUGAGAUACACAGAUUAUAAAUUCAGGUUGGCCAAGUCUACCCUGACCCUCAUUCCCCUGCUGGGAAUUCAUGAGGUGGUAUUUGCUGUGAUGACAGAGGAGCAGACUGAGGGUGUACUACGCAACAUCAACCUCUUCUUUGAACUCUUCUUCAACUCCUUCCAGGGUUUUCUGGUGGCCAUUUUAUACUGUUUUGUGAAUAAAGAGGUCCAGUCAGAGAUCAAAAAGAAGUGGCAGCGAUGGAGGCUUGGAAUUAGCAUGCUAGAUGAUCAGCGCAACACCGGCAGCCACACACCACAGGGAGGCUCUGGGCUCCAGUGCCAGCAUGACCACUCCUGUCAGCCAGACUGUCCUGAGGGGAGUGGUGGCCACCUGUGCUUGGACGCUCCACCUCCCUCCACCCAGCUAUCUCUCCAACAGCAUCAUCACCCUGGAGCUAAGAAGGGCAAAGCCUACUGCUACAUCUCUGCCAAGAAGCAGGUGCUGAAUGGGAUAGACACACCACCGUCAGGCAACUGCAGGUUAGAAGGAGCAAACAGAUACUCUGAGAGCUACUGCUAAGAGCUGUGGACCAAAAGACCUUGCUUGAUGAAGUCUAUAAAGUUCUUCAAGAUAUAUUCAAAGGAUAUCAGACAUGAUCAAAUGGAGUUACUUGGGAACAUUCAGUGGAGUUUACAGAUACCUCUGUGAUAAAGAUUCGAAUGAACCUUUUUCUGAAUUAUGGAAUGGAACGGAAGAACAAUAACAACUGUUAUUUUUUGUUUUAUACCUCUUUACCUCAUUUUGGACAGCACUGGUAAUAUCAACACUACUUGUGGACCAACUCUCUCAAGCAAGUCUGGACAUGAAAAAGCCAAUCCAAUAAAAAGUAAUGAAUUAACUUCCUGAGGAUUGUCUAGUCAAAAACAAAAGAAAUUUAAAAAGCUGAAUAUGUGAUGUAUGCAGAUGAGACACACACAUCCCACUAAUGGCUUAUGAUGAUUAAGACUCAUGUACACAAAGUACUGUGCAAAAAUCACCACCCUACAUUUAUGUAAUUUCCAGCCAUUAAGUAUUACAUUUUCAGGAGUUAUUUCUAAGGAGAUUCGUAAUUAGAUAAUCCAAGUGCAUAAGGAAAGGGAAAGUCAAAAGAAAUAAGUGAAAUCACUUUCAGACCAAAAUUAUUAAAAGACGUAAAGAGAAUGGGGCUCUUAACAACUGUGCAAGUCCUUGUAGACCACUACAUCAGAUAAUAGUAUUUAAAGCUUUCAUCUCUGAGAGAUAGGAGAGAAAAGAAAAAAAAGGCUCCACUCUUAAUCAAAUCUGAUAAAUCUGAGAUUUUAUAAAUCUAAAACGUAUAAUUGAGAGGCAGAAAAUGCAACCAAUGUCUUAGAGUGAAUUUUGGAGUUGUGGAAAAAUAUCUGUGUAUUUGCAAGCAAGACUCCUGAAAAAGUCUGAUACUAUAUAUAUGUUUUGUGCUUUUUUCCAAACGCUGAAAAUUCGACACAGUACUGUAGCUAUCGACAAAUUCCAAAAUGUCACAGUCAGUAAUGGUUUAUGCACAGUGGCUGGUGAGAUUGAUAUAUUUCUGUAUACCACCUGAUAUUUACUGAUACCUAACAAGAUUGUAUGGUAUGUAAUUUGAAUAUAUGCGUAUAUGAUAAAGUACAUAUUAUCAGCUUAUGUGACACUUCAGUGGUGGUGUCACCAGAAGUGUGUAUUGACCCCUAAAGCUGUCAUUUUGGUUGUUAAACCAGACUUAUGUAAGAGAAGGCAUUAACCUAAACUCUUACAGCGCUGUAUUACAUUACAGGCAUUUAAGUCUGCCCACACAACAGGAGGUCUAAUCCGUUCAUUAUAACAUGGCAUUCCACUGAGUGGCCUAACACCCUUGCAGUGCCAUAGCACAGACAUCAACUGUGCACCAUAUUUAUACCACAGGAUUUUAUACAGUUUUGCAGAGCUGUUUGGAUAACAUUAAACCGUAACAACUUUAUUUUACAUGACUGUUUUUGAAGCCACAGUUUAAGUAGGUUUUGGAUGUUUUAACUAACUACUUCUUAAAAAAAACAAACAAACAAAAACAUCACAUUUGUUCUUUUUGAAGGACCAACAUCUGAACUGUUGUCUUUAAAAUACCAACAACUGAAAUGCUCUGUUUGAAAAA